GCCCGUCCAUUAUGAUAUUCUGGGCCCAGCGGACAUGGGCUGUGGGCUGACUGCAAUGGGCUUGACAUGUGGUGUGGUGACGAUAAGAACCAAGCUGCGGCUGCGAUGCCAGGGUAUCGAAGAAGUCUGAAGAUUGGAAUAGAACCAAACUCCUCUCGCUACUCUCUCUCUGCUUUUCUCUCUGUUUCAGUUGAGUUCAGGCGAUCUCGAUCGUGCCUCACGUCGGCAAUCAUACCGGCAAGGGGGAAAGGGGUGUGACAAUUGGUAUCAGAUUCUAGUUCGAUCCGCGGGGGCCAAGGUUGAAACUCCCAAUUCGCUGCAUCGGGCUGUAAAUUCGGAGAAGCGGUGCGAAUUUGUGGGGAUUUACCUCCUGAUUCGGUCAAACCGUCGAUCUGGUUGCCCGCCGGUGAGGAGUCACGACGGCGCCGACCAAAAUCGCCAAACCAUCUCCACACACGCAGUUGGUCAUCACCGCGAUGGGGGAAGCGGCGGCCACUACGGCGACCGCACUCACCGAGAUUCGCUCGGCAGUUGAUCUGCUGCACGGGCGUGUUUCGGUCAUGGACACCACCCAGCAAUCGCUGGUGGCGCAGCUCAACCUCAUCGCCGUCGCGGUCCAGGAGGGGGCCAAGGCGAACGCGGAUGCGGUGCGCCAUCUCGCAUCGCUCAACCAGCGGGUCAACAACACCUCGCAUGCCUUGAAGAUGAUCCAGUACCCGUUGCCGGAAGAGGACGACCCGGACCCAGUGGAUUCCAUGGUCGCGGGGAAGGGCGCGUUGCACACCACCGCAGCAACGUGGACGGGCAACGCUCCAUGGGCGUCCUCGGCGGCUCACAAGCUCAGCUCGCCUCACGCAGGUAUGAAGGGCAACAUGACUCAGGGCGGCGGUGGUUUGGGAGGCGCAGACGGCAGUGUCCUCGGAGGUGUUGGCGGCGGUGGACUGGGGGGCACAGGCAGCAGUGUCCUCGGAGGCGUUGGCGGCGGUGGACUCGGAGGCGCAGGCGGGCUUGCUCGGAUUCAGCGAGGAGUCACCAUGGCGCCCUCCAAGCCAUCCCCGACGCAGUGUCUGGAGGCGAUGGGUGAGGCAAAAGCAACGAUGGAGGCGAGGCUCACAGCAAUCACGGCGAGCCUCAAUGAGUCACGCAGGUUGCUUGCUUCAUGUGCUCGGCCAUUGGACGUCAAGAAGCAGGAAGAGCAGGCGGCCACCAGGCAGUUGUUUUCUGCCACCACCAUGUCGUUGUCUGCACCGGAUCAAGCACGCAAGCAGCCAGAGAUCAAGCAUUUGCCUCCCUUGCUUAUCUCCCUGCAUCAGGUCGUGGGUACUGGUGCUCCGGAAGUGGCAGCCGUCGUCGCUUCCCCCAUGCCCAGUAGGUGUUCGACAAAAAGUCUUGGCCACUACAUCAACAACGGCCAUGUCGAACUCAUGUUUGCACCUGCGGUGAAGCUAUCCAGUCCAUCUUCAUCCUUGAUGGCAGUCAUUCCAGGUUUGCACAAUCGUGUUGUUGAUGUAUUGCCACCAGAGACACUAGUUGUGGGAGCUGCUCAUGCAGUGUGUGAGGAAAUGCUAGCCAUUUCUAAAGACAAGAUGGACAUGGACAGUGCUAUCCGUCAGACUUAUGAUGAGAAUUGUGAAGAUAUGAUCACUCAUAUAGGUUGCGUGUCUCUGUUUUGCGAACUUGGUUUGGCAUCUGCAGAGGAUCUGUGUGCUGAAAGGAUUUCCAAGGACAUAGUGUUGGAUGAGGAGCUUGGUGACACCGUGCUCACUCAUGUUGGUGAUUGUUCGUUGUUCAUUGAGCAUGAUAUGGAUACUUGUCCUGAGUUCCAGGCUAGUUGUUUUGCAAAUAACCCUUGUAAUCAUGGAGUUAGUCUGACCAAGCUGUUGCAAUCAACGGGUUGCACUCAAGAUUUAAAGAGUAUUGGUUCAGUAUCAGUUUAUGGCUUUACCCCAAGCAUCUUGAGUCAGAUUAUCAGGGAAACGACAACUAAAGGCUUGCACAUCGAUUGGGAUCCUGGAGGUUUCACAAUUGCAAGCUUGCCACUAAAUAGAACUCCCUUUGCUGAACACAACAUUGUUUACUCCAAGAAUAAUCUGCUGAUGAAUUUCAAGGGCUGCGGGGACAACAAUACAAUAGUUCUUGCAGCUGAGUAUUAUUUCCAGUGGGUUGACCUAGGAAUUGUGAUGACUUUUCUUAUGGUGGCAGUGGCCAGUAAUAAUGAACUGCCAGAUAUGCUGAGUUUGCUAGAAGGUGCCACUACUGCUAACGCAUUCGAGAGUCAGCUUCAGUACAAACAGUGGGAUCCAGGUAAUUUGGAGGAUCAGUACAAACAGUGGGAUCCAGGCAAUUUAGAGGCUCUUCCAUGGCAGGAUGGAUAUUCUGUACUAAACAAGAACAAGUAGAAAUUCACACUUGAAGAUCUGUACUCCUUUCAGUCCUCCAAUCAAUUCAUUGACAAUCUGCAGCAAGUUGGAAGAAAAGUGGAAAGUUGUCAAGGGGUAAUACAUGUUACCACAAGGUUCCUAUAUAUGAACUGGAGCUCAACGGUGCUGCAACCGGAGCGAUCCAUUGCUUGGGGGCAAGCAAUGUUUUUUGGGGGCGGUAAUGUCAUGCCCGUCCAUUAUGAUAUUCUGGGCCCAGCGGACAUGGGCUGUGGGCUGACUGCAAUGGGCUUGACAUGUGGUGUGGUGACGAUAAGAACCAAGCUGCGGCUGCGAUGCCAGGGUAUCGAAGAAGUCUGAAGAUUGGAAUAGAACCAAACUCCUCUCGCUACUCUCUCUCUGCUUUUCUCUCUGUUUCAGUUGAGUUCAGGCGAUCUCGAUCGUGCCUCACGUCGGCAAUCAUACCGGCAAGGGG